AUGACCUACCCAUCAUCAUCAUCACAUCCAAAGCUCCAAAGACAUCCACCAAACAUAUACAGAGUACUCGUUACCCAACCUUUUAAAGCCUAUCAAACAAACACUUUUCACAUCAACAACUUUACCACAAACUACAAACUACAAACUACUUCAAACCUCGCAAAAAUGGCCGCUCUUGUCCUCGCCCUCGGUGCCGCAAUCUACAUCACCGCCGAGAAGAUCCAAGAUCACCGAGAGAAGAAGCGUGCCUUGAAGGCCAAGAACGCUUCGAAGCAAGCCCUCCUUAAAGACGACGACAGCAUCAUGGCCAUCGAGGAUCUACCCGCGUAUCAAAGGGAGAAACUUCCAGCAUACGAGUUUGUUGAGCAGCACCAACAGCAACAUCCAGCGCUUGUGCCUAGCGAACGUAUCGAGAGUUCAGGCCAGCGACAAUAUACCAGGGAACAUGCCUGUUGA